UUUAUAUAAAUUUUCUUUACGGCAAACGGUCGCCCGUCAGCUGGCGCGUUGCCCCUGGCAACCCGCGGGCGCGCCAGCGUUCGAAAGCAGCGGGCCAUCAGCCUCACAGAUAAUGAACACGUUAACAAUUAAUUAGCUCGCUAAUCAACUCGAUAAAUUAGCGCGCGAGAUGUCGCGCGAGGUGACGACGGCGACGUCGCUGUCGCUGAGCGAGCUCGACUCGGAGGAUCUUCUGAGCUUCGAGAGCUCGGGCCCAGCAGCGGAAGCCGCCGCCGCUGCUGGGCCCGAGGUGAGGGCCGCGCUUCAGCUGUGUCGCGUGCGGCUCUCUCAGAGCAGGCUAGCAGUGGAGACACUGCAGGCCAGCAGGGACGUGCAGGUGGAGGAGCUGGAGGAAAAGCUGAGCGAUGCGCUGAACGAGAAGAAGCUGCUGCAGGCUCGCCUGGAGAGCCAGCUCCAGCUGCAGGAGGAGGAGGCGAGGGCCCGGCAGGAGCGCACGCAGCGGGAGGUGGACGCCAUCGUGACGCGGCUGCGCGAGGUGGAGGAGCGCAACCGCGAGCUGAGCGACCGCGGUGGAGCGCUGCGCCGGGGCCUCGUCGACCUCGAGCUCACCCCCGAGCAGCGCUCGGCGCUCGGAGCGCUGCCCGCCGAGCAGCGCAACCUUCGCGAGCACAUGCAGGUGCUGCUGUUCGACGCGGUUCACCCGCUGCGGGAGGAGUGCAGGAAGCUGAGCGAGCUGAAGAGCCGGCUGGGUGGCGAGCUGGGCGCCUGCCGGGCCGAGGUUCACAGCCUGACCCAGGGCUUGGAGGAUGAGCGGCGUCGCCGUGGCGACCUAGAGACCCGUUGCCAGCGACUACUGUUGGAGCUCGAGGACGCCCGGCAACAGCUGGCCCUCGGGGACCAUCGCCGUGACAACUACGACCGUGUCAAGAACGAGCGGGACGCGCUGGAGCAGGACAGCGAGGGCUCCAAGCGGCGGCUGCAGGAGCUCGAGAUGAUUUCGGCGGCGGUCACCAAGGAGCGGAGCGAGCUGGCCUCCGAGGUGGCCGCUCUGCGCCAGACGGUCUCGCUGCUGCAGAAAGACAAAGACUACCUGGCGAGGAAAGUGUCGGAGUUGGAAGCGCGCAGCUCGGUCGAGACAGAGCGAGCAGAGAGAGCACAGGCACAGCUGGAGCUGGCAAAGCACGGGCGUGAAGAGGCGUACGAGAAGUACCUGAGCGCCCGGGAGCAGUACAAGUCCGAGUACGAGAUGAGGCUGCGGGACGAGAUGGACGCAGUCCGCGCGCAGACCAACCAGGAGAUGGAGCGGCUCAGGCUCAACGGGAACGAGAUCUACGAGCGGGAGAACAGGAGCCUGCGGGAGGCUCGUGACGGAGCGAUCGCGGAGAGGGACCGGGCGCGCGAGACCGAGAGACAGGCGACGGAGAAAAACGAUGUGCUCAUGGCACGCCUGGCGCAGGGGCAGCACGCGUGGGACACCAAGGCGGCGGAGCUGGGCGGGCAGCUCAAGGUGAAGACGUUCGAGGCGGAGAGGGCACUGCUGGUGCAGGAGGAGACCCAGCGCACGCUAGGCCUCUGCCAGCUGCAGUGCGACAAGUACCAGGCCAAGGUGGAGCUGCUCACGAGGGAGUUCUACGCGCUGCAGGCCGCCAGCGAGCGGCGCGCCACGGAGCUGAGCUCCCAGAACGCCGAGCUGCGAGCGCGCGUCGACACGUACGAGCGCCUGGAGGCGGAGCUGGACGACGUGGUCAUGCAGUCGGCGCAGAUGGAGAGCGAAGAGGAGGCGGAGAGGGUUCUCUUCUCGUACGGUUACGGCGCGAACGUCCCCACCACCGCAAAGAGGCGCCUCAAACAAAGCGUGCACCUAGCCCGGCGCAUCCUGGCGCUGGAGAAACAGAACACGCUGCUCCGGAAAGACCUGGAGUCUCACCAGCAGCAGGAGCAGGCCAUCGCCAAAGAGCUGGAGAGCGCCAACUCGCUGCUGAGCGGGGUCCAGCAGCCGCACGCCUACCUCGUGGAGCGCCUGCGGGAGCGGGACCGGCAGCUGCGGGACCUGGCCGACAAGGCGGCCAAGCUGGAGGCGCUAGUCGGUGACCUCCGCAAGGAGCGCGCCACCCUGCAGCGCACACGGGACCACAUGUCGGCCGACCUGGAGCGACUGCUCAACCAGAAAGAGGAGCUGGCCGUGAUGCGCCAGGUGGUGCUGGCCCUGCAGCAGCGUCGCGGUGCCGGCGACGGAGACGCGGCCGCCGUCCCCCCCGGCGGCGCGGCGGCGCUGCGGGGGGCCCGACUCCCCGCUCCGUCCGUCUCCAGGGCCGAAGGGCCGCUGUCGUCGCCGCACAAGCCGCGGCCCACGGUGUUUACGAAGCCCAGGAAGGCGCCGUCUAAAGCAGCACCCACAUCGUGAGCUCCUGCGGCGACCUCCCGCUCCCUCACCCCCUCCGCCACGCAGUGGAAGCCGUGCGGGGGCUCCCCUUUAAACCCCCCCCUACGUACGGUGCGAAAGAAGUUCAACAUGCAAAGACGGAGAUCCCCCCCCCCACCGUGUAGCCUGAACAGACUGUUGGGGCAA